CGUACAAAAACUGUUUUUUCUUUUUUGAAUAAAGCAAAGAGUGCUCAGACUGACAAGUUAGGUAUCGGCUGAGCCUAUUAUCGCUUGAAAACUGGGGAUCAGCGAGCUAGCGAGGAUAAUGGUUGUUGAUGGUAUGCAUGUACGGUAUGGUACCAUGUCAUUGCUUCGUGAUCGUUAAGAUCGUGCCAUUUUGGCGAUGUUUUGGACCAGGAAGCCUGCCCCACCGGAUCCAGUGAACCGGUACGGUAAGUGGAUAGCUCUGCUGUUUUGUAACUGAAAAGGGUUCCAACGUUCCAACAGCUGUCCUGCUUCCAACGCACCUCCAUCAGAAAACUUACAGUACAAUACGUCAUGCAGUUUUCAAUAAAUCUCAAAUUCUUAAGAAGAACAGAAAGGCAGGGUCAUCGGUGGUUCUCCGUUUGUGUGAUCGGUGACUCUGCCAUAAAUCGCUCGAUUAACGCCCUAAUUCAAUGUCCACACAUGACUUCUUACGGUUCUGCCCGGACGGAAGGUGGUCAAUUCGAAUGAACUGGCGGAGCGCCUCUGAUGACACCCAACGGCAACAACGAAGCUCCCUCCCUCCCACCUCCCACACCCUCAUCAACAACUGUCGUCUCGUUGAUAGCUAGCUAGCUUUCCAGCUCUAAGCACCAUGAGGUUGACCAUCUUGAAGUCCAUUCUAGCCGCUGCUUUGGCACCGUUUGCCUUGGUAAAUGCGCAAGAAAGAGUUGUUGUCAGCUACCAAACCGAGCUCAGCGCGGUUGCACACAAAAUUGCCCUUGAUAAGGGAUAUUACUCCCAUUUGGGUCUAGAUGUGGUAAUGGAAUGGUACCCAUCUGGAGCUCCCCAAGUCAAAGCAGCCGUGGAAGAUAAUGCUUGGGAUUUUGGAGGUGCUGGUGUGGUCCCAAAUAUCAUUGGAGGGCCUCAAGGUAUCUUGGGAGUUGGUAUUUCCAUGGACCAAAGUGCCACCAACCAGUUGAUGGGAAACAAAGAGGGGGUGGCCACAUGGCCUCCUGAAUCCAUGGCGGGCAUUCCUGUUGUGAUAUCUCCCAAUUCUACUGGAGAUUAUGUGGUCCAGGCCUGCUUGAAGAGUCAAGGAUUCAAUAUUCAAGAUGUAGAAUUCAUUUAUGCACAACAAGCUGAGGUGAUUGGAAAUAUGACACCUGGACCAGAUGGAACCGCAAAGGCCACUUUGGGUGGUCUUUGGGCCCCUAACACUUACAAACUUUUGGGAAGUGUCAAUGGAUCUGAUACAAUCUGCUCUGGAGCAUCUGUCUACGCUACUGUUACUGGUGGACACAUGGUUCGAAAACAGUUUGCAGAAGAAAAACCAAUGACAGUGGCCAAGGUCCUUUCGGGGUGGCUACGUUCUGUCAAUUUUAUCAAUACAGAAUCCAACAAGGAGGAGGUGUUGGAUUACAUGUCUGCCUUUUUUGCCGAGAAGGAUGUUAAUAUUCCUCGCUCUUCCUUGGAAUUGGAUCUUCGCCUUGUGGGUUUGUUUGGUUUACAGCAACAGUUGGAUUUGAUGGAACGCCGUGGAGAGCCGCCCCUGUCCAAUUAUGAUAUUUGGACCAAUGAAGUUGGAAACUUUAUGCUGGAGAAUGGAGUUAUUUCAACUUUGACAGACCCAACAACUUACAUUGAUGACAAGUACAUGAGAAUGGUCAAUGAUGACCCCCAGCUAAAAGAUUGGGCUGAAGGAAAGGAAGUUCUAGGCUCUACUGGAUCUGCAGCCACAUCCUUUCAAACCCAAUAUUUCUUCUCCCUGUUGGUGAGCACCGUGCUUGUCGUUGCAGGAAUCAUGGCACGAUGAGCAGGGGAUGCGUGGCUGCCAAGUGCAACUGUUAUGAUGUUGUGGUUAGUUGCUUUGCUUGGAGUUGUUCUGGUGUCGUGGAAAAACUAGUUAUCGUUAUGUUUACAGACCCGUAGGUCUCUAGAUUGCUUUUCUGCCAAGAUUAACGAGCCCCGUGUCCACUAGUACAUGUAGUUAUCCAUAUCUUGGGUUAAACGUUGAAUGGGUUGAUUGUCGACUAGCCCGUGGCCACAGCCAGGAGUAGAUCGGAGAGUAUUGGUCUGCUGACUCGACUCGACUCGACUCGACUCAAUCGAAGCGCCAAUGCAAGUGCUGCCUGGUCGGCCUAGCUAGUCAGAAUGAUGCCGGUAGUAUCGAGGGAAGGCUGAUGCGGAUACAAACCUGUAAAGAAGAGGCGACUGCGAAGUCCGGAAUCCGGCGCCCAAUCGGCUUUCGUGGGGAAGCUUGACAACGAGGCAGGCGGAAAAAGACGCAAUCAAUCAAAACCUACUAGCUAGCUAGUUACACG